AAUUUUUUUCGCUUCUCCUACCUCCCCGUCGACCCGGCGCCAGGUCGCUAUCUUUCCGAAUCCUAUCUAAAUCUAUUAUCCUACGACGACUCAAUAUCUCGAUACCAGUAUCACAACGAGGGAUCAAAACACACUCCCAAACUCCCAUACAUACAUACAUACACCCAGAAGGCAACCCCAAGAACUACUCGAAGAACUAAGCCUCAUAAGCCCAGGAGACUAAACAAACACCGUGAACCACAACACAAAAGAAAAAAAAAUGAACGUGAACCCGCGUCGUUUAGUCGGUAUCGGCGCUGAACGCGUCUCACACGUCUCCAACACCGAGUUCCCUGGACAUUAUCCCGACGAGGACCAUAGUUGGAAUUUGGAUUCAUUCAAAAAGAACCUCACAGUACGCACCCACCGACUCUCCCAACGGUCUAUCGAAUUCGACAUUAUCGGCAUCGACGCCAGCAUCGCGAAUGCCUUUCGCCGUAUAAUGAUAGCGGAAGUACCGACGAUCGCGAUCGACCAGGUGUAUAUAUUCGAUAACACAUCGGUGAUACACGAUGAGGUGCUUGCGCAUAGAAUUGGGCUGGUGCCGUUGAACGUCGAUCCGAGGACGAUGGAUGGGUGGGAAGGCGAGGGGGAUACACCAACCGAUAGAAAUACAUUGGAGUUCAGGGUGAACGUGCAAUGUUCAUUCAACCCCGAAUAUAACACCACGGACAAAAGGGGGAAGGCGUCUACUGCUGGUUCAGCGAAUCAGAAUCUGUCGGACGAGAAGUUAUACUCCAACUACCUUUUUUCGUCGAAGCAUUUCGAAUGGAACCCGGCUGGUGAACAGCUUGAUAAAAUCAAACCCGUGGUGCUUACGCCUCCGGAUCCUCUUUAUCCUACGUAUAAUGAUCUCAAGCUUCCUCCGCUCGGUGCACUCAACCCCGAUAUCGUGUUAGCCAAGCUCCGUCCGGGGCAAGCCGUGGAAAUGGUGCUGCACGCGCGGAAGGGGGUAGGCAAAGACCACGCUAAAUGGAGCCCGGUGGCUACCGCUUCGUAUCGUCUCCAUCCGAAUAUCGUGAUCACGAAACCGAUAAGGAUGGAGAGAGCGGAGGAUUUCAAAGCGUGUUUCGCGGAUGGGGUUGUGGUGGUUAAUAAGAAAAAAGGCACCGUCUCCAUCUCCCCCACCCACAUGCGCAACGACACUGUCUCCCGCGAGGUCCUCCGGGAUCCUGAAUUCCGAGACUCCGUCGAGCUCAGCAGGAUCCGGGAUCAUUUCAUCUUCGAGGUCGAGUCGGAGUCGGCGUAUAGACCGGAGGAGUUGUUGGUUGAAGCCAUCGCGGUGAUGAGGGAUAAGAUCGCUAGAAUGAGGGAGGCGGCGGUGGCGUUGCUUGGGAGUGAACAAACCGAGGAAAGGGAAGAUGGGGAUGUGCUUAUGCAGGACGCGGUGUAGAGUUUCGAUGUGUGUAGUGGUGUAGAAGAUUUAAAUUUCAAAGGCUAUGGAAAUAAGUGCCAGGGCUUGUACCAAUACAAUGCCUUCUUCAUUCAUUUAUUACGCACAACGUUCACAGCUUGUGCAUUGAAAAAAAUUGUUGGUGGAUAUGCAUUAAGGGGGAAUCGAAC